CGCAUGUGGAGGGCAGCAGCACAGCCUGCAUCCAAUGCAUUUUUCACAUGGACAUGGAUGGGAAUUAGGCCCCUGCUUGCUUUCUACGCUUGGUUGGUGUGCAUUAUCCCUUCUGAUCAUUACAGUCCGAUUCAAAUAUGAUGACAAGAAGUCAUUUUCUAUAUCAGAGGCUUAUUUUUGUUAUUACAUCAUCUGCGGGCUCCUCCACCAGCAGCAGUAGCCUGAUGAUGAGUCUGAUGGGAUGGAAGCUAUCUGCUAACUCAAAGAUGCUUUGCAGUAAAUAAUUCUCUAAAUCCUCCAUGCUCUCGAUUUUACAUCAUUUAACGGAACGCCGUUACAGUUUUACCGAUCGAUCUGCAAUCGUUUCAGAUUUAAAUAAGGAUAUAUAUAUACGCCUGGCAGAUAUAUGAACCUAGCUUUGCUAGCUAAGCAGCUGUUGACAGCAUAUAUUCAGCAAACAGAGUCAGGGCGGUAAAGAGUGUACAUGAGACAUCUGGAGUCCCGAGGGAAUGAUUUCACUGAGCAGAUUAAACGACACCUCUCGACCGCUUUAUUGAAUCAAAUGCUCUGUUCAUAAAUAAACUGUUCGUAAAUAAACGCUCGUGCAUCCGAUUGUUUAGAUGCAAAGUGACCACUGCUCAACAGACUUCUCCUUAAAAAAAAAAAAUAUCCAAUGACCAAAAAUACCCCUUAACCGCAUAAAGCAAAAAUAAAACAACAACUAAACACUUAAAUCCAACAUCAUUGCAAUGGCCGAAGAGGCGUUUCCCUUACAUUAUCUGGUGUGGAACAAUCAGUUUCUAGAACUGGACCGAGAGCUUCUUAAAAAGCAGCAUGACAUGGAGCGACUGGAUCCGCGUGGGCGGACGCCGCUCGAGCUGUCCGUGUGUCUCGGGCACUUGGAGUCCACGGGCGUCUUGCUCAGACACAACGCAAAUCCUACACACUGCAACACACAGGGAUGGACAGUUUUGCAGGAGGCAGUGAGCACUGGAGACCCCGAGUUGGUGCAGCUGAUCCUUCAAUACAGAGACUUUAGAAGAGCCACAGAGAGAUUGGCUGGUAUUCCUGAGCUACUGAGCAAACUAAGACAGGCACGUGAUUUCUACGUUGAGAUGAAAUGGGAAUUUACAAGCUGGGUGCCUCUCGUGUCUAAGGUCUGUCCAAGUGAUGUGUAUCGUGUAUGGAAAAGUGGUUCAUGUUUGAGGGUUGACACCACUUUACUGGGUUUUGAGCACAUGACCUGGCUUAAGGGACGCCGCAGCUACAUAUUUAAAGGUGGAGAAAGUGGUGCCAUGGUGAUGGAGGUGGACCACGAGAAGCAGGUGGUGUAUACGGAACCACUCUCUCUGUCCCCACACGACACUCCAUCCCUUCUGGCUGCCAUGCUGCCCUCACAGGAGAACACGGCUCAGAGACUCACCUCUCCUGUAGUGUCCACUCAUCUGAACACACGCAACAUUGCAUUUGAGAGAAAUAAGUCUGGGAUUUGGGGAUGGCGCUCAGAGAAGACAGAGGUCGUCAGUGGAUAUGAGGCAAAGGUUUACAGUGCCAGUAAUGUGGAGUUAGUAACACGUUCUCGGACAGAACACCUCUCUGAUCAAGACAAAUCUAGGAGUAAAGGAUCAAGAACUCCUCUUCAGUCUUUCCUCGGUAUUGCUGAGCAGCACAUCUCUAGUACUGGAAGUCAGGUGUCUCAGUGCGCUAGUCCCCAUAAUCCAACAGCAAUCACAGCAGAGGAGUACUUUGAUGCAGAGUUUAAUCUUAAUGGCAGAGACAUUGGGCGGCCCAUUGAUCUUACCAGCAAAGUGCAAAAGUUUAAGGCCAAUCUGUGGUUAAGUGAAGCUCACCCUCUCUCAUUGGCUGAGCAGGUGACACCCAUCAUUGACCUCAUGGCCAUUUCUAAUGCCCACUUUGCCAAGCUGCGUGACUUUAUCACUCUACGCCUACCACCUGGCUUUCCUGUAAAGAUAGAAAUUCCUCUGUUCCAUGUAUUAAAUGCUCGUGUAACAUUCAGCAAUCUUUGUGGAUGUGAUGAACCAGUUAGUUCUGUUACUGUACAAUUGCCACAAGAAACCACAGAAGCUGGUGAGACACCUCCCCCCCUGCAGUGUGAAGUGGACCCAUCUGUGUUUGAACCUCCCCCAGAAUACACCACACUUGGCCCAGGCCGCAGCGAGCCAAUGAGAGACGAGGAUGAUAAUUUACUUCAGUUCGCCAUACAACAGAGCCUCCUGGAUGCAGGAACAGAGAGUGACCAGGUGACUGUAUGGGAGGCUCUCACUAACACUCGUCCAGUUUCUCAGCCUCCACUUUAUGAGGAGGACUCUCAGCUUGAGAGGGCGAUUCAGGAAUCUCUGUCUUUGUCACUGACUGGAGGGGAGAGUGGAGAGUCAUCUGGCCCACCACUUUCCCUGCCUGAGCCCACCCUCAACUCGCCUCCGUGUUACAGCUCAUUGGCUGAGCCUCGAGCUCCAGGGGCAUUUGCUAUGGCCAGUAGUUUUGAUGAACAGCUACGCAUUGCAAUGGAGCUUUCAUGCAGAGAACAAGAGGAGUUAGAUAGGAAGAGGAGGGAAGAGGAGGAUGAGCUGGAGAGGAUACUGCAGCUGUCUCUUACAGAGAAGUAACUGUAGCAAUGCUUGAUGUGGGUUUAAAGGGAUAAAUUAUCGGUUGUGUUUUUUUUUCUGCAAUGUUAAAUUAUUCUUAUUCUAGAUGAAUCGCUCUUUAUUUAUUAAAAAAAAAUAAUAAAGAUAGAAUAGAAAGAGGAAUCGGGAGAGUGUGUGUGUGUGUGCUAAGACAGAAGCAAUUCAUGAGAGAAGAGAAACAGAAAGAAUUUGAAACAAGGAACACGGCAUGAAAAUGUGAUAUUCUCUCAAUUUUACUGUCUUUUGAGUGAUAAAAGGUCUUCAGAAUUUCAACUUCUUUGUAUCAUGAUACUGAAGAAAAUGUGAAUAUAAAUGAUGAGUAUUGAUGACUAUGAUAAUGCAUAAAGGGAAAGUACUGAAUAUAUUAUUGCAAAAAAUAAUGAGUUUACUUAUGGUGGAUGCUAAAAAAUAUGAAAGUAUUAAAUGUUGCUCAAACAGU